GCUCAACUCGGGUUCUAACUUCAUGAACCUCGUCAACUGUUGAGUAUUAAAUUUUCUGUGAAAUCAGUCCAUUUUUGACAUCGCAUCAUUCAGUGGAGAUUAUCGUACAAAUAAGGAAAUAAUUGAUCAGUAACAACUAAAUUACGGAAAUGAAGUGGUUUCAGGGUGGUAUAAAUGAGGCGGUUGCAGCUUCUAAAUCCAGGAAGGCAAUUUUUGUUGUGUUUGUCGAGGGAAAGGAUGAUGCGUCAGUGGAAAUUGCCAAAGUUGUUGACAGUGGAGAAAUUUCAUCACGACUGGAGCGUGAUGAAUUUGUAGCUAUCAAACUAGAGGGAGGCUCAGAGUCUUACGGAUUCUUUGCACAAAUCUAUAAAUUGGUGCCUGUUCCGUCGUUAUUUUUUAUUGGCCAAAAUGGAGCACCCAUAGAAGUUAUUGCUGGAGAGACAAGUAUUGCAGAUCUCAUGACAAAAAUUGAUACAAUCCUAAAAAAAGUCGAGCCAGCCCAAAAGGAUUCUUCUACAUCUUUGAUUCAGGCUGAACAGAACGUAGCAUCACUAACUAUUUCUGCAAAACCAAGUGAGGCUGAAAUUAGUACAACUAAUUUAGACACUGCAAAGUCAGAGGCUAGCAUGGCUCCAUUACCUACAACUUCAAAACAACACCAAGAUAGUGAGACAACUGAUUCAGUAACUGCGAAACCAAGUCCAGCUGUCCCUACGCCUGAAACAAAACCCCUGAAAAAAUUGGAUACUCCAUCUCAGAGCAGUAGUGUUUCAGAGAUUCCAGAGUUAACAGCUGAGGAAAAGUUAGAGCGAGCACGACAGUUGAUUGAGUUGAAGAAGCAGCAGCGGGAAGAGGAAGAGGCGAGGAAAGCACGGGAAAGUGAGAUCGAAAGGAGGAAAACUGGUCAGGAAUUACUGAAGUUAAAACAGAAACAGCAGGACUUAGAAAUAAAACAGGCUUAUGAGGAAAGACAGCGUGAAAAAGCGGCUGAAGCUGCUGCCAAAGAAAGAGUAAGGCAGCAAAUAGCACAAGACAAAAUAGAAAGGAAACAGAGAGAACUCAAUCGUCAGCAGCAACAAUCGUCGCAACCAAGUCCAGUCCAAGAACAGCCAAAACCACGUACACCAACAGCAAAUGAUUCCGGUAUCGUCCGAAUUCAAUUCCGAUUACCUAGUGGCACUCCUCACAUGGGACAAUUUGAAUCUACAAUUACACUUGGAGCUCUCCGUGCUUACAUCGUCGAUAACAUUGAAUUACCUUUCCGUCAAUUUGCCUUAUCUACGUCAUUCCCUAGAAGAGAAUUAACAGCUGCAGAUGAUGGCAAAACAUUGGUUGAACUGGAAUUGGUCCCCAGUGCGGUGAUUUUGAUAUUGCCAGUCAGAAAUUCCAACAACACGGCUGUUGUAACAUCAGCCCAGGAUGAUGGAUAUUUGUCUCGUUUUAUGUGGGCUAUUUUUGCAUCAAUAGCUUCAGCCUUUGGCUACAUAAGGGCAUAUUUCACUGGGAUACCUCCACGUCCUACGGUACAUCAAAAUUCCAGCUCAACCACGAGCAGCACGGAUGGACCAAUUUCACCAUCAGCACAAACCAGCGCUCCGCCACCUGGAUUAAUAAGGCGAAAUCUUGGCGGCCAGGGAAGUACAACGAUCAGGGCACAGGGCAACAUCCAUCGAUUAAAUUCAAGCGGUGAUCAGGAUAGCGAUGAGAAUAAUACUUGGAAUGGAAAUUCCACGCAGCAAAUGUGAGAUUCAAAAUGUCAUUCUAGACUCGUCCUAAUAAAAUUAUCAUUCGCGUAGAAUCGUUUAAUUACACACACAGGAGAAAAAAGGUCCAAGUCAUUAGAUUAUAAACGCGGGAAAAAGAAAAAAAAAACUAUCAUACGUUGUUAAUUUUAUUAUCGAUAUUAUUACAUCAGAUGUUACAAAUAAUAUAUGUCUAUAUAGCGGCAUACGUAUACCUAUUAUCUAUUCAAUAUAUAUUAGACGAAAUAAUUAUCGCGUGGUUAGCGGGAUUUUUUUCUCAUUCUUUAUAAUAUAUAAAACAGACGUGGGUUCACUAUCGCUAAAGCGCUGAAUAUUUUUUAACGAGGUGAUUGGAUUGAAAGAAUGAACGGAAAUGAUUCAACUGAAAUAGGCGAAUAUUGAGCUUCUCUUAUCUACUGCUAACAACUAACUAAAUAAUGAAGUAAUUAAUCGUUAAUAAAUAUAGGUAUCAAUGGAAUGAAAACAUCUCUCUUGUUUAUGAAGCAAUGCCAGUUCUUGAAAGACACAUAAAUUAAAAAAAAAAAAAAAAACACGAAUACCUUAAAAUACCAUGGAUGUGUGUAAUACGUACAUUAAAUGUACACUAUGUUCUCUAGGUGAAGGAAAAUAGAAUUCAUCGUUAAUCUGCAUUCAAAAUGUGAUUCGUACUAUCGACAUUGAGUAAAUCGGUUUCACCCCAUGUAUAACCGUUCAUUCGAGUAGGAGUAGGCACUUUGAUCAUUACUUAAAUAUCUAAUAUCAAGCAUUAAUUAUUCUCACCUAAUUUCCAGACUUCAGUUCGGUUGAAUAUACACACAUAGUCGGCAACAUUGAAAAAUUUUGUACCAUUAUUUAGAGUUCGGUAAAAAAAGAUAAUGAAAACAAAAUGAUAAUUACGAAUAAAUAUAUAUGUACAUCGAUGUACGCAAAAAACAGCCAAUUCUCUAUUUUCUCAACACUGCAGCAGCGCAAGAAAAAAAUAAAAUGAAUAGCUGGAGUCCA